AUGGAAACAGGAAAGAGAAACAUCAGAAUUGUGAUGUUUCCAUGGCUAGUUCAUGGUCAUAUCAUCUCAUUUCUAGAGCUAGCAAAGGCACUUGCAAAGAGAAAUUUCAUAACUCACCUCUAUUCAACACAUGCCAAUCUAAAUUUCUUCAAAAAGACACUCUCUCUGGAAGAAAUCAGGUGCGUUAAAUUGGAGGUAAUUCAGCUCCCAUACUUGCCUGAAAUUCCUUCUCGCUUUCACACCACAAAUGGCCUUUCACCCCGCCUCGUGAACACUCUAAAAAAAGCCUUUCUUAAGGGGGAACCUGACUUUUACAGCAUUCUUGAUGAUUUAAAACCAGACUUGAUCAUCUAUGAUUUCCUCCUUCCAUGUAUUCCAUUAAUGGCUUCUACAUUGAAUAUCCCAGCUGUCCUGUUUCUCACCACUAGUGCUGCAUCAAAUAGUUAUCACUAUCGUAUUAGAGAUACCAAACCAAGAAUUGCCUCCCAUUUUUCCAAUAUCCUCCGGGACCAUGAAUACCCUUUUCCUGAAAUCUUCCUCCGGGACCAUGAACAUAGGAGAAUCAAGAAAAUGUUCAAAUCACUUAAGAAUGAUGGCAUCGACGAGAAAAAUGGUGUCACGAGGUGCUUUGAGAGAUCGAAAGAGAUCAUCUUGAUCAAGACUUUCACAGAGCUAGAAGGUAAGUACAUCGAUUACAACUCGUUUUUGUUCAACAAAAACUUUCUUCCGGUUGGCCCUCUCGUUCGACCAUUUGAUCACAAUGAUGCUGCGAUGCGUUAUGGUAAGAUCAUUGAAUGGCUCAAUGAGAAAGAAAAAUCCUCGACAAUUUUUGUUUGUUUUGGGAGUGAAUGUUACUUGUCCAAGGAGGAACUUAAAGAAUUGGCACUAGGGAUGGAACUUAGCAUGGUGAAUUUCCUAUGGGUAAUUAGAUUUCCAAUGGAAGAUGAAACGGAGAUUCCAGACGUUCUGUCAGACAAUUUUCUUGAGAGAAUUUGGUGCGAGAGAGGGGUAAUACUUGAAAGUUGGGCCCCACAAAAGAAAAUUUUGGAGCAUCCGAGCAUAGGAGGAUUCGUGAGUCAUUGUGGAUGGGGUUCAGUAAUGGAGGCACUUAGUUGUGGUGUUCCAAUUAUAGCCAUGCCCAUGCAACAUGAGCAACCACUUAACACGAGGUUAUUGGUUAAUGAUGUCGGGGUAGGAUUGGAAAUUCAAAGAGACGAGGAAGGAAAUAUUAGGAGAGAAGGAGUGGCUAAGACUAUUAGAGAAGUGGUGUUGGAGGAAAGUGGUGAGAGUGUGAGGAAUAAAGCUAAGGAGUUAAAGGAGAGAAUGAGAGAAAAUGGAGAAAAUGACAUAGAUGGAGUGGUGGAUGCAUUGGUUGAUCUUUACAAGAAAACUAUAAGGUGUGGCUACUACAAUCCAUGA